AAAUGUUAAUUUCAAGUCGAUUCUCAAGUUGAUCAAAACGAAAUCUUCACAUCAAGCAAGAACCACAGUAUCUUCUAAGUUCUAAGCACUUGUUGUCUGCUGAGACAACAAAAGACAAACUCCUUCAUAUUACAGUCAUACCCCUCCAUAGGCCCCCCUAUAUAAACCUCACCACCACCACCAACAAUUCUAUUCAAUUACUUCACUCCCGCACACUUACAUCUCCUUCAGUUUCUUAGUUCUGUUGUUUCUGUUCCGGGUUAGCGUGUAAUUUACAAGGAAAUUAAGAUGCUAUAUCAUCAGGCUGAGUCAUGGGGUUACCAAGUGCCAACGAGGACCUGCAUGGCAUCAGACCCAUUGGAGAAGGUUGCGAGGCUGGCAUCGGAGAGUGCUGUUGUGGUAUUUAGUAUCAGCAGCUGUUGCAUGUGUCAUGCCGUGAAGAGACUCUUUUGUGGGAUGGGUGUGAACCCAACUGUUUAUGAGCUCGACCAUGACCCAAGAGGGGAAGAGAUUGAGAAGGCAUUAAUGAGGCUGCUCGGGAAUUCAACUUCUGUGCCUGUUGUAUUCAUUGGAGGGAAGUUAAUUGGUGCCAUGGAACGAGUCAUGGCUUCCCAUAUCAGUGGAACUCUCGUGCCCCUCCUCAAGGAAGCUGGAGCACUUUGGCUUUGAUUUUGAUCUUCAACAACGUUAACAUCACAAACUGGGUCAUAAACGUGGAAAUUAUCAUUACAAGGAAAAAA